AUGCCGCUUACUGCAGGUUGUUCAAUAAACCGACCAUCCAUCCGAUUGAUCUCAAGUAACAUUGUGGAAAUCUAUCAGAAUAUUAGACGUUUGCUGGAAAGAAGCUUUCCCAGAAGGUGCGAUUUUCAUUGUUAAACAGUGGAAGUCAUCUGUCUUCAUUACUACGUUUCAUCCAACCGAAUAAAACAUGCGUAAAGGGGAAAUCAGUGUUAUAAAACACACGUGUUGUGUUGUUGCAGUUCUGUUCAUGGCAGUCCAUGGAGGAACUGCCAUAAUGUGCUGGGAGUGCAACUCCAUAUACGACCCGAACUGUAACGAUCCAUUCAACAACUACACAAUGGCACAAGUAGACUGCAGCCAAAGAUCCUUGCCACAUUAUCCCAACACUCCAGCCACACUGUGUAGAAAGGUCAUUCAGAAAGUGAACAAGGAGUAUCGAUACAUACGUAGUUGUGGAUGGCUGACAGACGAAAAACGCGAGUCAGAAUGCAUAAAACGAUCGGGAACUUAUCACGUACUCAUCCAGUACUGUAACUGUAAAGUAGAUGGCUGCAACGAUGCUCCUCCCAUCCAGUUCAGCUUUCUCACACAGGGUGUCGCUGUCGUCGCUUCCAUAGUUUCUUCCAGAAUGUUUUAACUGUUUUUACAGUUUUCGAACAAUAACCAUGAGUUCCAUCAUUUCAGGAAAGACCCGAAAGAUCAAAAGAUCUGACGAAACAGAUUAGUAAACUGUGAAAUUAUUAAUAUAUUAUAUGUUUUAAUUAUGUGUAUUUUCUUGUGCGAAUCAUAUUGUAAUAAAUUUUGAGAAGUUUACCUUACUCUAAUAAAAAGAGCAGCUUGACUAAAUAUUA